CUGAGAGUGAACUACGCGGAAGCUACGGUCGGAAGGAGCUUCAACGGAAACCGUCUGGUCUGUCAGGGGAGGCAAAAAAUCUAAUCGACCCGAAGAGGCUAAUCCCACCGAACAGAACCGCUCUUUGCCCAAGCUGCCUCGGAACCGGCGCCCGCCGCCAUGAUCCUGUUAGAAAUCAACAACCGCAUCAUAGAGGAGACGCUGACGCUGAAGUUCGACGGCGCGUCCAACGGGACCAAACCAGAGGCCGUGGAAGUCACAUUUGCAGACUUCGAUGGCGUCUUGUACCACAUCUCCAACCCCAACGGGGACAAGACCAAAGUGAUGAUCAGCAUCUCUCUGAAGUUCUACAAGGAGCUGCAGGAGCAUGGCGCUGACGAGCUGCUGAAGAGAGUCUAUGGGAACUUCCUGGUUCCUCCGGAGGCCGGCUACAACGUGUCUCUGCUCUACGACCUGGAAGCUCUGCCGGCAUCAAGAGACGAGGCGAUCCACCAGGCCGGCAUGCUGAAGAGGAACUGCUUCGCCUCCGUGUUCGAGAAGUACUUCAAGUUCCAGGAGGAAGGCAAGGAGGGCGAGAAGAGGGCCGUGGUGCACUACAGAGACGACGAGUCCAUGUACUUGGAGGCCAAGAAGGACCGGGUCACGGUGGUCUUCAGCACGGUGUUCAAGGACGACGACGACGUCGUCAUCGGCAAAGUCUUCAUGCAGGAGUUCAAAGAGGGUCGGAGGGCCAGCCACACGGCUCCGCAGGUUCUGUUCAGCCACCGGGAGCCGCCCCUGGAGCUGAAGGACACGGACGCCGCCGUCGGCGACAACAUCGGCUACAUCACCUUCGUCCUGUUCCCUCGUCACACCAACGCCGGCGCCAGAGACAACACCAUCAACCUCAUCCACACCUUCAGGGACUACCUGCACUACCACAUCAAGUGCUCCAAGGCCUAUAUCCACACGCGCAUGAGAGCCAAGACAUCUGACUUCCUGAAGGUGCUGAACCGCGCACGGCCCGACGCCGAGAAGAAGGAGAUGAAGACCAUUUCAGGGAAGACGUUCUCCCGCUGAGGUCCAGAACCUGCGGUGGAAACGCUCGGCGCCGACCUGGACUCCACGCCGGACUGUCAGGACCCGACCCCCCAAACAAACAUUUGUUUUUGUUUAUUGACGAGGAAUAAACACGGCUCUACUUUUGGCAAAGCUCAAGAUAAAUUUACAAAAAGGGCAUUCGCUGCUUCGCAUCGUUAGAAAAUCAUUAGUCAAAUAAAUAAAUAU